GCUUCAAAGAAGACAUACUCUUAAACAAAGCCCAAAAAAGCUCAACCCAUUGUCUACUUCUCUUCUGAAGUCUAAACCCUUAUUCUCUCUCCAAAUUUCACCAUUUCUUUCAUUCCCGACAACCGACGAUAACCUCGCGGCAUCAAGUUUGUAACUCCAGAAGUAUAUUUUUCUACCUACUAAAUUCUAAACUGAGGUUAGAAGAUGGAAAUUGUUUCGAGGGAGGGUGAAAAUGCAUUGUCAGGUCCAAGGCCAAUGGAAUGGUCUACUGUUCCAUUCACUCAAGGACCAGAGAGAAAUGGAUAUAAACGUACAUCAAGUCUGGAAUCACCAAUAAUGUUGCUGACUGGACAUCAGAGUGCUAUAUAUACAAUGAAGUUUAAUCCAGCUGGAACUGUUGUCGCAUCUGGAUCACACGACAAAGAAAUUUUUCUGUGGAAUGUCCAUGGGGACUGCAAAAACUUCAUGGUUCUAAAAGGGCACAAGAAUGCAGUCUUGGAUCUUUAUUGGACUACUGAUGGAUCCCAGAUAAUAUCAGCUAGCCCUGACAAAACUUUGAGAGCAUGGGAUGUUGAAACAGGGAAACAAAUUAAAAAGAUGGCAGAACACUCUUCUUUUGUGAAUUCGUGCUGUCCAUCACGGAGAGGGCCACCUCUUGUUGUUAGUGGAUCUGAUGAUGGAACUGCUAAACUCUGGGAUAUGCGUCAGAGAGGUGCUAUCCAAACAUUUCCUGAUAAGUACCAAAUUACAGCCGUUAGUUUCUCUGAUGCAUCAGAUAAGAUCUUUACAGGUGGCAUUGACAAUGAUGUUAAGAUUUGGGAUUUGCGUAAAGGUGAAGUAAGCAUGACACUUCAAGGUCAUCAAGACAUGAUAACAGGUAUGAGUUUGAGUCCUGAUGGUUCCUACCUUCUCACCAAUGGUAUGGAUUGCAAGCUCUGCAUAUGGGAUAUGCGCCCUUAUGCACCACAGAAUCGUUGUGUAAAGAUUUUGGAAGGUCACCAGCACAAUUUUGAAAAGAACUUGUUGAAAUGUGGUUGGUCACCUGAUGGAAGCAAGGUCACAGCUGGUAGUUCAGAUAGGAUGGUGAACAUAUGGGACACAACUUCUCGACGCAUCUUGUAUAAGCUUCCUGGCCACACAGGAUCUGUGAAUGAAUCCGUCUUCCAUCCUAAUGAACCUAUCAUUGGUUCAUGUAGUAGCGAUAAGCAGAUUUAUCUGGGGGAGAUCUGACCUUUGCUAGCAUUUGGCACUUGCUUCCAAAUUGAUUGAAUAUUGGUUGGGUACCGGUCAUACAAUUGGGGAAUUGCACUUAUGUGUUCAACUGGGCUUGCCAUCUUCCUGCUCCUUCCAGGAUUGACUUAGAAAUACCAAAGGCAACUUCUGAACCUUUGAUAAACAUAGGUCUGGCUCUUGGUUCUUUUCUGGCCGAAAUAGACCUGAUCCAACUAGAAAGAUGCGUGGAAAAUGGUUUGUUUUCUACCUUGUUCCUUGAGUUGCAUGUAAACUGUAUUACAUGGGAAUUUAUUUGAAUAAUCUGACUGAUUGUGGUGGUAAAAGUGGGACAUUUCGGGUUCUUUUUCUAAUCUAAAACGAACUUUAAAUAAGUUUAUUAUUUUUUAUUAAGCGGCAAUUUUUGGAUUUGUGUAUAAAUUUCU